UUUGCAGGUAACUCCCUUUUCGUUUGUCAGAUUGUAGCAGCAGACUGAGAAAGUGCACGAGCAAUUUGCAAAGUAAGAGAUGAUAUAAAGCAGUUCUACUGGAUGGGAAACUAGUGUAGAGAAAUUUCGCCACGCUUUGUUUUUGAGUCCCUGCACCGACCACACAAUCAGUAACUCAGACAAAACUUGUCACGUUCAUCAGCUUAUCCUUUCUCCAUCAGAAGGGUAAAAUCUGCAGACAUUGGGCGAAUUGCAAGCAAACACGCCAAAGUGACCGUCUCGCAGAGAAGCCACCAGACACUGGGGCGAGAGCGUCAAACGGUCACUGCCGCAAAGGCUCAUGAUAUGAAUAACACAAUGAACAAUGUAAAUGCCAAGAGCGAGAGCCAUGGUGAACAUGAAGAUAUGGAGACUGAACAGCUUGAUGGAAACAAUCACCACCAUGCUGAUGACCCACCAAGGGAUACUGCCAAUGGAGAAGUUAAGGAAGAGAUCCCUGACGUCUCUGAAACGGAAAUGGAAGAGGACGACAGCAGAGCGGAAGCGACCUUUCGCUAUACUGUUGAAAAUAUCAGCAGGCUAAAGGAGACAGCUCUGAGUCCCCCGUGCAUGGUCAGAAACCUGCCAUGGAAGAUUAUGGCAAUGCCGCGGAACAAUCAGAAUGCUGACCGCCAGAAAAGCCUGGGCUUUUUCCUGCAGUGCAAUGGAGAGUCAGACUCGACUUCUUGGUCUUGUCAUGCCAAUGCUGAGCUUAGAAUCCUCAAUGCCUCCCCAGAGACAGAACCAUUUUCUCGCAAAAUUCAGCACCUUUUCUACUGCAAAGAAAAUGACUGGGGCUUCAGUCACUUCAUAUCUUGGAAUGACCUUUUGGACCCAGAGAAAGGUUAUGUAAAAGAUGACAGGGUCACACUUGAAGUCCAUGUGGUUGCAGAUGCUCCGCAUGGAGUUUGCUGGGAUUCCAAAAAGCAUACGGGUUAUGUGGGGCUGAAGAACCAGGGCGCUACAUGCUACAUGAAUUCACUGCUGCAGACUCUCUUCUUCACAAACAAGCUUCGCAAGGCUGUAUACAUGAUGCCAACUGAAGGCGAUGAUGGCUCAAAAAGUGUUCCGCUGGCUCUACAAAGGGUGUUUUAUGAACUGCAGUUUAGCGACAAGCCUGUUGGCACUAAGAAGCUCACCCGCUCGUUUGGGUGGGAGACCUUGGACUCAUUCAUGCAGCAUGAUGUUCAGGAGCUCUGUCGUGUGUUGCUAGACAAUAUGGAGAGUAAAAUGAAAGGCACCUGUGUUGAAGGCACAAUACCCCAACUGUUUGAAGGAAAGAUGCUGUCUUAUAUUAGGUGCAAAAAUGUGGACUAUGGGUCACAAAGAGAGGAAACAUUUUUCGACAUCCAGUUAAAUGUGAAAGGAAAGAAAAAUGUCCAUGAAUCCUUCAGGGAAUAUGUCACGGUGGAGACGUUGGAUGGUGACAACAAGUAUGAUGCUGGGCAGUUUGGCUUGCAAGACUCGGAGAAGGGGGUGAUAUUCAUGAAGUUUCCACCUGUUCUUCACUUACAUCUCAUGCGCUUUAUGUAUGAUCCAACAACAGACACCAACAUCAAGAUUAAUGACAGGUUUGAUUUCCCAGAGCGAUUAAACCUUGAUGAAUUCCUUCAGAAAAAGGAAAAGACACAGGCAAGCUAUAUACUUCAUGCUGUUCUGGUUCACAGUGGUGACAACCAUGGAGGACACUAUGUUGUAUAUAUCAAUCCCAAAGGUGACGGGAAGUGGUGCAAGUUUGAUGACGAUGUUGUGUCCAGAUGCUCAAAAGUUGAAGCUGUGGACCACAACUUUGGUGGGCAUGAUGAUGACCUGACAGUGAAGCACUGUACCAAUGCGUACAUGCUGGUGUACAUCCGAGAUAGUGAGCUUGCAGAUGUUUUGCAGCCAGUGAGUGAAGAUGACAUUCCAGAGACAUUGGUCAGUCGAUUAUCAGAAGAACGAAGACUGGAAAGUCAGAAGCGUAAAGAGAGGAGCGAAGCUCAUCUUUACAUGAGUGUGCAGAUCUUGCUCGAGGAUGACUUCUGUGGCCAUCAGGGCAAUGACCUCUAUGAUUCUGAAAAGACCAGCACAAGAACCUUCAAGAUAAAAAAGACCUCCACGCUGAUGGAGUUUCUUGAGAUGUUGUCGGAAAAUUUGAAGUACCCUGUGAGGCAGCUACGUCCUUGGCCUUUUCACUGUCGACAAAAUCAUACCUUUCGCCCCACCAUGAUUGAUUUAGAAACCGAUAUGAACAAGACAGUCCAGGAGUUGUCUGAUCAAGAUAACCCUUGGGUUGUGUUUGUGGAAACCCUCAGUCCAGAAAGUGGUUUAAAAGAACUGCCACCAUUUGACAAGGAUAGCGAUGUGCUCCUGUUUCUCAAACUGUACAACCCCAGAACAAAAACAAUUUCUUACUGUGGUCACCUUUAUGUGCCCAUCUCUGCAAAAGCUGUAGAGCUGGUGCCAGAGCUGAACAGGAAGGCUGGAUUUCCUGUCAACACACCUCUUAUGUUGUGAGAAGUGAAGCCAAACCUUAUUGAGAGGCUUGAGGACUUGUCACUACCUAUUGAGAAGCUGCUUGAAGAGUUGAUGGAUGGUGACAUUAUUGUCUUCCAGCGCGAAGAUGAUGGCUAUGCAAACUUUGAACUCCCCACAGCUAAAGACUAUUUCAGGGAUUUGUUCUACCAGGUGGAUGUGACAUUUUGUGAUAAACUGCUGCCGAGUGACUCAGGUUUUACACUCGAGCUUUCGCUGCGGAUGAACUAUGACCAGAUGGCCCAUGCUGUUGCUCAGCAUCAAGGAUGUGAUCCCUAUCAUCUACAGUUUUUUAAAUGUCAGGGAUACCGGGAUGGGCCAGGAAAUCCAGUGAAAUGCACAUUCGAAGGCACCUUGAAGGACUUGCUUGUCUUCACCAAGCCCAGGCAGCCCAAGAAGCUCUAUUAUCAGCAGCUUAACAUAAAAAUCAGCGAUCUUGAAAACAAAAAGCAGUUCAAGUGUUUCUGGAUAAAUGGAAAGUUAAAAGAAGAGAGGGAGCUGGUGUUGUAUCCGGAUAAAAAUGGCAGAGUUAGUGAUCUUUUAGAAGAAGCCCGCAGGCAGGUGGAGCUGACUGACAAAGGAUCUGGCAAGCUACGACUGCUUGAGAUAAUCAGCUAUAAGAUUCUUGCAGUACAGCGGGAGGACAUUCUUCUUGAACAUCUGUCUGUUGGUGGCACCCGAACAUUCCGCGUAGAAGAAAUUCCUAGUGAGGAAACCAACCUGGCAGAAGAUGAGCUGCUUAUCCCAGUCGCUCACUUCCACAAAGAGAUCUACCAGACUUUUGGGAUUCCAUUCUUAUUAAAAAUCAAGCAUAAUGAACCAUUUGUCAAAAUCAAGGAGAGAAUUCAGAGGCGACUUGAUGUUCCAGAGAAGGAGUUUGAAAAGUAUAAAUUUGCCAUCAUCACCAUGGGGCGGCAAGAAUAUAUCAUUGAUGAGGACAAGACCAUUAGCAUCACCCAGUUCUUGCCCCAUCCUGGAGCCCAGACUGGAGGCAAUCUUCAGGCAAGACCGUGGCUUGGAAUGGAUCACAUCAACAAAACACCCAAACGUACGCGGUACAGCUAUCAGGAAAAGGCUAUCAAGAUUCACAACUGAAACAACCUUAGGUGGUGAACUGCAAUGUAUUUUUGACUUAACAUCAGUGUAGUUAUUCACCAAAUGCUUAAAAGCAGCUGGGUUCACUUGCUGCCUGUGAUGGUGUAUUGAUUUUCUUUUUUUAAAUGAAAACUUACGAUUGCAGCUCUUGAUGAUCUGUGUACUGGAGCAUGCUGAAGCCAAUGUAGAUUUUUGCUUCGCCAUAUUUUAAAUGCCAGUUAAGGCAUAGGAUAUUUUUUGCAAAAACUUUGAAGUUCAUGUAUUUGAACUUUGAAGUUUUGUACUAUAUAUUGUUUGUGACUCUUUUGUAAGAGUUGUGAUCUCCAAUGAGACAGUGGCAUGGAUCAUUGUCUGUUGUAUAAAUCCCCAGCAAAUAUGGACUGUUCAAAUGAUACACACAUUUUCUUUUGCAAUUGAUGUAUGUUAUGAUGUAUUUAGUGUUCUGGGAAUUAAUGCAGGAAAUAUUUGUAUGCUUGGUGUUGUCAGCCGCAGCGUAGCCAGAGCUGGCCAGCAGAAUGAGGUCUGAGAUAAAAUUACUUUAUUCCCUUUGGUUUAAGGUGCAGAAGUAUACGAUGAGCUUGUUUCCAAAACUUAUACCACCAUUAUAAAUCUGGUUGACAAACUAAAAAUGAAUUUAGAGUUAAGGUUGUGCUCACUGCAGAAAGAAGGCAUUUUCACCAAAUUCUCCUUAAAACCCGCUGCUUCAAUUUUAGUAAGCUAAUUGAUUCAAUUGAUCUGUGAGACUAGGCCUUAAGCACUGCCUGCUAAGAGUAGGAUGUAGUGCAAAACAUUUUCCUAGAGCUCAGAAAUAGCAAAUAAGGAUACAUGGUUUGUAAUAACCAUUAUAUGUUUAUCACGAGUUACACAGGUGUUGCCACUCGUAGUUACUAGUAAUGUUAUCAAAACUAUCUAACAAUCUGAAUCAAGAUGUGUUACUAGUCAUUUAUAUAGAUAAAAGAUCUACAGAAAGUUUAUGAGUGACCCAUGCAGUAUGGAAAUCAUGGCUCAUAUGCUGGCAUUCAUCUCAGUGUUGGCAUACAACAACUGUCAGUAAGAGGGUCUUCAGGCACCUUGUGGCUAGUUCUGUGCACAACACUUUGAUUCCUAAUGUAGCCUCUGUCCGACUGUUCCCUUUUCCAAAAGUAUGUUGUUUGCCUCCACAGAAAAACACUGUAUCGAAAAAUAAACACUGAGCAAGUCAUAGCACAAGGCAGAGAAAUUUGUGUAAAUUAUGAUUUAUUCUGGCAGUCAGAAUGGCAGCAGAUAAGCUGGUAAUGGUUAAUAGGAAUAUUUGGUAGGCUUGACCUGGAGGUUCCUGCUCAACUUGGAUUUGUCUUUUGUGUGUCUGUUUUGCAAAGACUUUUUUUGUGUGUGUACCAUGGACACUAUAGCUGAAAAUUAGUCAUUUUACUCUAAGAUUUAUUUGACACCAUUUUUGCGAAGUAAAAGCUAUUUUAACUCAAACCACAGUAAUUCAUUGAGGUCAAAAUAGGUUAGUAUUUAGUCUUACAAAGCUUGCUUUACCAGAAGGCAAUAUUUUAAAAUGCAGAUCCCUUUUUGUUAAGAAUGACUUCUCUUCAUUGCUUUGUAAUGUGUGCCAAUGUCAUGUCUCAAUGUCCCUGUCACAACUUAUUUUUUUUGGCUUGGCACAGUGAAUUUUCAUUUUGGAAAUAGGGUAGCAUGUUCACAGGAGGUCUACCUUUUUGUAACAUUGUGUUUUAUAUUUACUAGGUUUUUUUUUUUUAACCAGGCACUGAUGGUGCAUUAAAAACAACACGUCACACCACCACCACUUACAAAGUUAAACAAGUGUUGAACGAACACCUGGCAAGAUAAAUGUUUGUUGGGCCAUAAGCAUGCCUUUCUGGUAGUGGUACAAGCUUAGCUGCUGGUGGUGGUGGUUGCAUAAACUUUUGAUUUAUGAUUCCAUGCUAUAGCACCAGAAAAUUAGCCCUUAUCAGACUGUUUCAUAAUUGACAUUACCCAAUACAAUCAGGUGAAAGGAUGAGUUUUAUUUUAAUGCUAAUUACAGAAAGUCCAGACUCACUUAUUUUCAAGUUUGGUAUGCAGCAUUAUACAGAACAGGGAGGGGGCGGAGCAGAAGAAAAGUGAUUGCAAUUUUUAAGUUUGUGCUAUUUGCAUAUGUACAAAAUUUUCUUUUAGUAAUUUUUUUAAUGUGCUACACUUAUAUAAACUGUAAGAUAACUAAAAACUUCUAUAUGUGCAGUAAACUAAUACAUUCGAUUGUAGCCAUGCUUAAGAAAGUUUACUGUGAAAGAGGAGUUUUCAGCAGGUUAGGAUGCCAUAACUCAUCAAGCAGUCCCUUGUGUAAUUUAAAAUGAAAAACAUCUGAUUCAUUUUUCAUUUUAUGAACCAGCCAUUGUAAUACAUUAACACAGCUGCCCACAGAUCAGCAGUUUUGAUGUGUGUUGUAACAGAGGUGUGAAGUUAUGUAACUUUUAACUUGUCACUAGGUUAGACUAAAUUAUGUGCUGCCUUGAACUAACAGCACAUUUUCUGACUUCAGCUGCACUGGGAGAGUAACAACAUAAAUUAACACAGUAUCAAAUCUAUUUGUAUGUGACUAGAAAUAAAGAUGAAGAGAGAAGAAAAUACUAUGAAUGUAUAGUUUGUUGUACCACCUUUUUCUCGUCUGCAUGUAACAUGUAUGAAAAGAGUCUCCACAUCCUGUGCAGCAGGUUAUGGGAUUGGAAGAUGAGUCUGACAACAAGGUUUUCUUAUCCUUUAGUGCUUUCCUUUGCAGAAGCGUGUUAGUGUACCCUGUUUGAAAAGCAGUUCAGAUUCUUGGUUCUUUUUGCUUGGCUGAAAGUGAACUUUAAUUUCAUUCCCUUGCAUACACACUCCACAGUCUUGAACAUAUUGUGGAGUCCUCAACAUCAGCUGUUAACCAGAAAUCUUGAAAUUCAGCAGAUACUUAAACAUAUUUAUGCUUUCUGUCUUAGUGAUUCUGGUUUAUCUUUACCUCAGUUCAUAUAAUUUGACUUAAAAUUUUUUUUUUGCACAGGAGUCUCAUUUUGUUGAGUUUGCUUUCUAUGCUAGUCGAAGCAUUAGAGAACAUUUAUUAAGUUUAAAACUUUCUGUCUUAAAUAACCUUUUACAAUUAAUUUUAUAGAAUUUAAGUUGAUUAUUUUCACACAAGGAAUUGUAUAAUACUGCUCUUGGGGGUACAAAACAUCUGCUUGCUUUUGCUCUGCAUGGUGUAAGCAAGUGUUGCAGGCCAUGUUGAAUAAUUUCUUGGCAUAAAAUAAUGCAAUUCUCUUAAGAGUAAAGGAGAAUAACACUAGUUUAUAAUACAUUUAAAAAUAUUCUUUUUUUGAGGAUUUUUAUUUCAGUUAUCUGGCUAAGAGACUGUCAUUGACACUUCCAGUUUCACCUCUUCCAGGAGAAGCAGGCAUUCUUGAAGUUAUUGAAAUGUUGAAAUUACUGUGCACUUUAACUUCCAUCGACAUCUCUCUCUCUCCAGUGCAUGCUUGAGCAUCUGUGUGCAUAUGCAAUCAACAAAUAAUGCAGUAGCUUUCAACUUCACAGUGAAUAAAAUAUCUUGAACUGUCAUAUCAUUAUUUUCAAAAAUCAAACAUCUUUGCAAAUUUAGGGAUGGAAGGGGUUACAACCCUCUUCCCUAUCUUACAGUCUGCUGAAGCAGUCAGUUCACAGAAUAAGUUCUAGUGUGAUUUAUAAGCAUUGACUGAGCUGUGGCCUCCCAGCUUCAUCUAACAGCAAGAUUUUAUUGUUGUCUGACAGCUACUUUUUGCGAUCAAUAAAUGCAUGAUUUAUAUAGUGCAGGAGGUUAGAGAAAUGUUUAUUUCAGCUUGAUCCAUUUGAACUGGACACAUCUUUUGGCUAAUCAUGCAGCUGGAAAAACUGUCUUCAGGGUGAUUAAGGUGAUAUCACCUAAUUAAUGUUUGCAGAUUAGUGCUUCUGCAGAUUUUACACAAACAGAAGCUUUUUAUAUUACAUUUUUGUAUUUCCUUUCGAUGGACUAAGUAUAGCUUUCAAUUUGAGGUUAUCUAAACAGCACUUACUGAUAAGUUUGGUGAUUUUCGCUAUGCUUGCUGGUGAAAAUUAAGGACUUUCUGUUUGGGAUUUGCACUACUAACAGUUUAUGAAGGGAACGUUUUAUAUAUUAUGGUCUUGUUUUUGAAGCUGUAUAUUUUGUAAUCUGUUUUGGGGUAUAUUCAACUUGCUGGGAUGUUAAAUGCACAUAUGUUUGUAUAACUGUGCAGUGCCUACUGCAUUAUGUAGGCUGUUAAAUGCAUGUGUUUUGAAUGUGUGUACAAGUGCUGUUACACAAUGUUUCAGUCAGUAUGUUUAUUUUCAGGCAUUUUACUUGUUGUGUUUUCAUUGCAAGAACUGUUUGAUGCCAUUGAGUGUUUAUAUAGGUGUCUGUGACUCUCUCUCCCCUGUUAACCCUCAUUUUUUUUAAACUUCUUUGUUCUCUUCAAGCCUUACUUUGAAAUGGCAUAGCCGCAAAUAAAACAGAAGGUUAUCAGAUCAGCUCCUUUCAUGCAAAGAUACAUUUUUUGUCAACAUAUCACAGAUUUACUAAUGAAGAAAAAAACAAUUUUUAAAGUGAAAUUUGCCAUAAUAUUUGGAGGCAUCAAGAUGUUAUUGAUGGAUCAGAUGGGUAGCUGUUUUUUUCUGAAUUUUCAGUUGUCUUCACUGUUGGGUAAUUACAUAGCCAUAACUGCUCUAUGGCUGCACUCUGACAUCAUCGUAAAUUAUAAAGAGUAAUAUCUUUUUCUGAAGAUGUGGGUGGGUGAGUAAAGGAUGUCAUCUCUGGUAAAAUGACAUGCAGAUUUACCCACAUUGACCCAUGCACCCUCUUGUUCAUGUCGUAGACUGUUUCAGCAAAUUUAUAUCAAAGUAUUAUUCCCCUUCCUUAAACUCAUGAACAAUCCAUCAUCAUUGCUUUCAAUGUUUUAUUUGAUUUUUAAACUUUUCCUGGCACAGAUGGCUGUUUCAGAACUGUUCGAGUGCUUUGCUUAUCCUUAAAUAGGACUGUCUCAUUUAAACACUUAAGCUUCCUGGUACGUUUUUAAUUCCUCAUAGUAAUUCGGCAAUUAUUCAUUUUCCAGCAGAAAUAAACAGAUACCAGCAUA